AUGGAAGAGGAAGAAUUUGAACGCUUAUAUUCGGCUCCUGUUGGAUUGAUUAUUCUAUUGUCUAUAUUAUACGGUCUCAUUAGUAUAUUGGCCAUAAUUGGAAAUUGUCUGGUUAUUUGGAUUGUAGCAACGGCUAAGCAAAUGCAUACGGUUACUAACAUGUAUAUAGCAAACUUGGCAUUUGCAGACGUUAUUAUCGCAGUGUUUUGCAUACCAUUUCAGUUUCAGGCCGCUUUACUGCAAUGUUGGAAUCUACCAUGGUUUAUGUGCGCAUUUUGUCCAUUUGUUCAAGCGGUUAGUGUGAACGUAUCCGUUUUUACUUUGACCGCAAUCGCUGUGGAUCGUCAUCGGGCCAUAAUUAAUCCACUGAGAGCUCGACGAACGAAAUUUGCCUCAAAGCUUGUAAUAAUAAGCAUUUGGGUGGCAGCGUUAACUUUUGCCUUGCCAUGUGCCAUAGCAUUUCGUGUUGAAAUGUUAAACGAACGAGUUAAAGAGGAUAAUAUCGUUUACAAUGUUACUCGACCAUUUUGUGCAAAUGUCAAUUUGUCAGAAAAUGAAUUAAAAACCUAUCGGUACACGUUGGUUUUUGUUCAGUAUUUAGUACCGUUUUGCGUCAUAAGUUUCGUUUACAUACAGAUGGCUAUUAAUUUGUGGGGCACACACGCUCCUGGAAAUGCUCAGGACUCUCGUGACAUCACAUUAUUAAAAAAUAAGAAAAGGGUAAUAAAAAUGCUAAUCAUUGUUGUCGUUGCAUUCGGGCUGUGUUGGCUACCAUUACAACUGUACAACAUUCUCUAUGUGACUAUCCCGGAAAUAAAUGAAUAUCAUUUUAUUAGUAUUGUUUGGUUUGGUUGCGACUGGUUAGCUAUGAGCAACAGUUGCUACAAUCCCUUCAUUUACGGAAUUUAUAACGAGAAAUUCAAGAGAGAAUUUAAAAACCGAUUAAAGGCUUGUUGCUCUCGCUUUCCAACAAACUUGGAGAUGGAGGAUCGCACGUUAUCAAUGUAUACACGUGUCAGUUCUUUGCAAUGGCCCCUAUAUGGUCACACACAACGUAACAAUAUGUUUGAUAAUCGCCGUCGCGAAACAAUAGGACAGCCCUAUGGAAACGAUGUAUGA